GUCUGCAGGAGAUGUUGAAAUCGUUGCAAGUGGAGACGAAGCUGUGCAUCCGGGACGCACUGUACAGAUUAGCGAGGAGCGCAAUGCGGAGGAAAGGUCCGGGCGGGUGGGAUGGCGAGGGGGAAUGUGAGAGCGGCCUGGUGUCGGAGAGCGGGGACGGGGCAUCGGAUGGCGUGGAGAGCUCGGGGAACAGCGACCCGUGCUCAUCGAGCAGGGUGUCGAGGAUGAGCAUGAACACGGAUGAGACGGAAACGAAUCCGAUGGACCGCACGGUAGCGCACUUACUGUUCCACGAAGGUGCGCAAGAGGAGCAGGCCGGAGGGAUGGGUUUUGGGGGAGCAGAGUGCAGUAUGGCAGAUGCGCAGAACAGUGGAGCGCCACUGCAGGGAGGGAGUGCAGGGGCGGGGAGGUGGGGUACGGACGCAGCGGAUGGGCAUGGAGCAAUGUCGGCAGGGGCAAUGCAAGGGGUGGAGAUGGGUGGAGCGGCGUCGAUUUGUGUGCCGAUGGGGAUGGUGACAGGCGGGAGUCCGAUGGCGAGGUUGGAGGGCGAGUCGGGGAUGCGUGGGUCGGCUAUGGUGAGCGGGGGCGGUGGAGGGGCGAGCAUCGGGGUGGAGGGGACAGGAAUGUCGAACAGUGAGGUGUCGUACCCGAUGGGAACACAUUGUGGGAAUGGUGGAGGAGCGGGUGAGGAAAGGACACAGAAGACGAUUGGGGGGUGUGGGAAUGGUUUGUGUAAAAAGCGGCUGGAGCACGCACUGGGAUUUAGGGAGUUUGGUCAAUUUUUUUCAGAAAGAUGGGACAACGGGUGAAUUGAUGAGUCUGGUGAUGAAGAAGUACGGAAAGUUUUAUGGUUUACUUGUGAGAUGGUUCUUGCCGCACUCCCGCUGGGAAGUAGAACACUGUCAGUGUGGCGUCGAUUGCGAGUGCAGUUGAAUUUUCUCUUCGCCGUUUUAUGUAUCAAUUUCAAGCAGACCCAGGUUGUUAAGAAUCUGUGCCGAAAGUGCGGGGAGUAAGAAGGUGACAUGGUCCGGUCUUAGUGAGAUACAAGUAGCCCAGGCUCCGCAAGAUGUCUUCGCGAAGCUUCUUUCCGCCCAGGCCGAUGUGUGUCAAUCUUUAGUGAAGUCUCCUGCAAUAGGCAACCAAUUGGAUCAAUCGAACAAACGAUUGCAGAAUGUUCUGGAGCGCGUGUCGCCGGUUAGAAGGGUAUUGGUUCCAAUGAAGUUGCAACCGAUGGUCACAGGGGGCUGGCGCAAAGGAUGUACAAAACCUUAGAGCCAGCAAUGCAUAUUUUUAGCAUGUUCGAUCUCGUGAACAAAAUAAGAGUGAGGCUGAUGCGCGAACCUCGAGAUGAUUUCAAUGGAUACAUGUCAGCAUUGAUGCAGCUGGAAGACGCUAUUGAUUAUUUGAAGUAGAAUUCGGUUGUUGCUGUUCAGUGAUUAUAAGAAGCUGUCACAUACUUGCACGAGACCAAUUUUCCGGACUCUGCGCGCUUGGUCCGACUCAAUGAAUCACUCAUAAUCCUGAAGCUCAACAACAAGGCGGGGCACAUGAGCUUGACGGUGGGCUAUUUAGUCACUGCUCUCGGCAAGCUUGAGAAAGAAUUCAAGCGCCUUUUACGUAAGGGAUAGUUUUCUUAAAGACUUGUCCAACAGGAUGGAGCUCCGAGAAGGAGAUGCUCCUACAGGUGGUUAUUUUUUGUGGAAAGACUAUAUCAUGCCUAAUUUCUUAUGUGUGGUUUGUGCAUACAUGCUAGCAAGUAAAAUAGGAUAUCAUGCAACAUAUUCCAAGUCAUCGUCGGAGGCUUAUCUGACCUUUGCCUGCGCCCCCAGUUACUACUGCUGCGAGGCUAAUGAUAUCUGUUAUUACUGAAUACCAAAGCUCUUGUCUUGAUAUACUUUCCUCAUAAAUCUCCUCGUAAAAUCCGAGUCUAGUCUAGACGACCAAAAGCACAUGACAUGUUCUUUUCUUCAAUGAUGGUGAAGACAGGAUGUACUGAAGCUUAUCAUGUAGCAUGUAGUUUCGAGAUUUGAGAAUUCUUGCAAGUUCGAUAUUUGAUAUAUUUACGUGCCACAUUCCUUAUGCCUACAGCUUGUUUAUAUAGCUGGGAAUGCAUCCUGGGAAAAUUGAAGACUGGGUAAAGUUGCAAAAAGAAAGCAUGUCAUAUGAUGGCAGGGUUAAGCAGCUCUAAAGUUGGGUGGUCAAUUAUCUGAAAUACGUCAUUUCUUUAUUUCCCAAGACUCUGAUCAAGGUGCUCCAAAUUGCCAUAGUUUGGAGGGUGGUGAAGAAGUUGAAAAGAUGGGACUGCCUCAGGGUACUGGUCAAAUUUUACAAACUCUCGAAGGACUAGUUGAGGCCCGCGCCUGAGUUUCAAGAUCCUGCUCUGCGUCACAUAUUUCUGGUGAGCAAUAUGUAUUUUACUCGCAAUCAUGUGAAGAAUAUUGGUUUCGAGCCACUGUUGGGUGAAGACUUAGAGUCAGAAAUUGGCCGCAAGGUAAUCGCUUUUCAUUCAGUACACAGGAAAUCGGUGAGGUCUUUUGUACCAUUUUGAUCCAACUGAUUGAAGUACUUGUGUAAACCUAUGUUAAAUUUUCGCAAACAUUUGUCGUUUUAUUUGUGAAGAAUGAUCUUUCUAUUUAUUUCAUAUAUUCAGUGAGAACCUUUCUAAAUAGAAUCUUUCUAUUUAUAUAUUCAGUGAGAACCUGAACACAGUUAUUUUUCAAUCUGUAGCUGUCGCGAAGUGAAACGAAAUUUCUACAAACUUGCUGACGACCCGUGCUCCAAUGUCGCAGCCGCGAUGGGCUCACUUGUUCUGGAUGAAGCAAAGGACAAUGUGAUUUGGUGCGGCAAAUAUAGAGAUCAUUUAACACCAGCCCUUAAUGAGUCUGUUCAAACUCAGGUGAAGUGGAUCACAUCAGAACAACAAUUGAGAGAUAGAAUCUUGGCAGCUGUCAUACAAAUGGUGAUUUCUGCGCACCGGAGCUAUCUGGUACAGUUUGAGCCUUUACUCGAGAAUUGUACACGCAAUUCAGAAGAGUAUAUAAAGUAUUCUCCCGAAAUGCUGGAAACAAUCUUAGGUUUUUUGUUUUCAGGCUGUAGAUAGUUUAAAUGAACGGUAACUGACCACAAUACCCGAGGGUGAGGUCUCCUGACAAGACAAUCAAGCAAACCCUUUAAUUAAGAAACCUAUUUAGUUGAUUAAGCAGAAACUGGCAACAAUUUGUAUCCAAGUUUGUAUGUGAGAUAAACAACAUAAUUCCAUGCCAUGGAUCCUGAUCGCCACCAACAAAGGCUUGCUCAGAUAGGUUCUAUCGUAAGAUUGAAGCUCUUAUGCAGUUAUCUCCCCGAGCUGUACAGGAGGUGAUAAUGGGUGGUGGUGCAACUUCAGCUAAGUGUUCAGAUGGCAAUAGACUUGUAGCAUGAUAUAGCUGUGUUACUUGAGACCAUUAAAGCACAAAAAAGUAAAGGCAACAUAGUACACAAUUCAAGCUCUAUUCACAAUUUUCUA